UCUCAGCAGUGGGACAGCCUCAGUGAGCCACUUGUAGUAGUGCGAGUAGGUUGUGAGGUCGGCCACAGUGGUUUACAUACACCAUCUCCAUUGCAGAAAGCCAGUGCCCUGACCACCUGUUGCACACACCUCACCGCCGCCCAACAUCUGCACCACUACUACUACUACUAAAUCAGAGGUAACCCGUCAACAACUACAAUACAUCAACAUGAAGACCCUAACAACAUUGAUCACCUUCUUCGUCACCUACUUCUGCCUGGUCCUCCUCUUCCAGGAAGCUGCUGCAGCACCGCGCUGUGACAGUCACGACAGUCCAGCUCCUACCAACUGCAAGUACGGCACUGUGAGGGACUGGUGCCGCAACGGAGUCUGCGCCAAGGGACCCGGAGAGAGUUGCGGAGGAUACUGGUAUGAGUACGGCAAGUGUGGCGGAGGAACCUUCUGUCUGUGUGGUACCUGCAUCGGCUGCUCCACUAUCGAUGGUACUUGCUCGCAAAGUAGUCCUGCGAUAAUCUGUUAGAGCGCCCACCCUUCCCUGGCCAACACCCCGAGGUGCCUUUUACCUACCACUUGACCCUUCACCCUUUACCACCAUCUUACUCAGGCAUAUAUUGUUGACUCCAGGUCUUCCCCACCACCUGCUGUCAUCUUCUCCUCGCUUCUAUUGACUCCAGCUCUUCCCCACCACCUGCUGUCAUCUUCUCCUGGUUCCUGUUGACUCCAGGUCUUCCCCACCACCUGCUAUCAUCUUCUGGUUCCUGUUGACUCCAGGUCUUCCCCACCUGCCUCUACCAAGUUCAGAACAAACUAGGACCAAAACGCCGAAUCUUUGCCGCCACUUUCCCCACGCUUCUAUGAGAUCCUUCAAAGCGACCGCAAGAGUUCUUACUGUAGGGGAUUUCUCCGACCACGUCGAUACAACACAUCUUUCCACCUCCAGAGGACUUUCUGGCCAUCUCCACAAGUGCCAUCUCCAUAGGACGCGUUUGGCCACGUCCAUCGUGGGCCUGUCUCCCUACGCCCACAGGACCUUUCUGGCCAGACCUAUAGGAUAUGUCUGGUCAGAUUUCGUGCUCUUUUAUAUAGGUUUUUAUAUCUGCUAAAUAUGCUAUAUCCUGUUGCAUAUAUGCGCUUGUGAUAAUUGAGUACAAAUCUUAUUAUUAGGAGGUAUUUAGCCAAGGUAUAAUAACUGCACCUCCAUCUAUAUAUACCCAGGGGACGUAACAGUUCACUUACAAUGCAAUUGUUGAUAUAAGUAAAGUAUAAUUAGUCUUAAAGCCAUAAUUAAUAGCAAAACAAUUACACUAUUGACGCAUUAAUUAACCCUUUCCCUCAUACUGUCAUCCGGUAUUUCUUCACUGUGCACUUCCAUCCACUAAUACAAGUCUCCAACAGGGUGGUGCAUCCUCAACUUGUAAACAUUUCCAUAUUUUGUGACUGGUCCUUCUGACUCAACUAUACGGCUUUGAUACCCACACUCUGUUAAGGUAAUUUAUCAACUAAUAAUAUGAACAGUUUCGAGUUAUUUAUUGUAUACAUCUGACUUAAUGACAUGUCGGAUACUACCACAUACUUAAGGCCUUCAGGUACUGUUGUGCAAUCCUCAAAAAUAAGUUUACGUUUAGUUUAUACUUUUAUUAUACAGGUUAUGAGUAAAUGUAAGUACUUUUGUUUAGUAUGGACAGCCAGGGUUAUGUUUAUUUUGGGUUAACCUUGUGUGUGUUUGGGGCCACCAGCUGCUUUUGUCAGUAUAUUCAGGUCAAGUUUCUCCUGAAGUUAAUAUACCCAGGUCAAGUUUCUCCUGAAGUUAACAUACCCAGGUCAAGUUUCUCCUGAAGUUAACAUACCCAGGUCAAGUUUCUCCUGAAGUUAACAUACCCAGGUCAAGUUUCUCCUGAAGUUAACAUACCCAGGUCAAGUUUCUCCUGAAGUUAACAUACCCAGGUCAAGUUUCUCCUGAAGUCAACAUAUCCAGGUCAAGUUUCUCCUGAAGUCAUCAACUUUCCUGAGGUCGACAUACCCGGGUCAAGUUCUCUUAAGUCAUCACCUUCCCUGAAGUCAACAUACCCAGGUCAAGUUUCCUGAAGUCAUCUUACCUGGGGUCAUCAACUCUCCUGAAGUCAUCCUACCCGGGGUUAUGAACUACCUGAGGUCAACCAUAUUUAUCUGAGGUCAUCAACUACCAGUCAUCAACCUUCUGUAUUUUAAUUGAAGAAUCAUCUACAACCACCUGUACUGGGACCACCUGUACUGGGACCACCUGUACUGGGACCACCUCUACUGGGACCACCUCUACUGGGACCACCUCUACUGGGACCACCUCUACUGGGACCACCUCUACUGGGACCACCUGUACUGGGACCACCUCUACUGGGACCACCUCUACUGGGACCACCUCUACUGGGACCACCUCUACUGGGACCACCUGUACUGGGACCACCUGUACUGGGACCACCUGUACUGGGACCACCUCUACUGGGACCACCUCUACUGGGACCACCUGUACUGGGACCACUCAGGUUAGGUUAAUCAACUGGUCACCUGGGAUCAAUCAAUCUCUACCUGGGUUUGAUAUACAGUGAAACCUCUAUUUAACGGACUAUAUUGAGAGAAAAUUCCGUUAUAAUUAGGUUUCGUUAGAUGCGAAUCCUCCAUCUAACAAACUGAAUAGAGAUGGAAAGUCUGUUAUAUCAAGGGUCCGUUAGAUGUGAAACACCCCCAUCUGGAGAUAUAAGUCCGUUAUAUGGAGGAUUCACUGAGGUUACCUGUAGUUGAUGAACCUUGAGACAACACUCACCACGUACCUGAUGCGCCGCACCUGCCUUGUCCCAAUGAUGUAAUUCAACUGGGUUUGAACACAAUAAAGGCACAUAUUCAUAACA